AUGUCGUCACCCAACGAACAAACAACCUCUGAACAGGAACAGCCUGUCGAGUCAACCGGUGCAGCUGCUGCAGAAUUACCGGUGACCCAAGCCGCUCAAACAAGCGUAGAUCCACGAGCCGUGGAUGGUACAGCGGAUGAGUCCCAUGAGGCCGGUAAUGAGGACGCCAGCAAGGACCAGACCGAUGGCACGGACGCUGGUGCAGGAGAUUCGGAGCGGCUGCUAGUCUCGUCCACCCCCGAAUACAAGCAGAUGAUCCAAUCGAGGUCCAACAUGAAGCGUCGACUGACGAGGUAUGAAGCUGAAGACGAACGCCGCACCCGACUCCGAUUACUAGAAGAGCAUGGGCCACGCGCGCUAGAUGUUCUUGAUGCGGCCAUGUCUAGCCCUCGCAGCGGACCAAAACCAACAUGUCAUGCGUCGCCAACACUACAUGCGUGGAGUGAGAAGAGUGCCGACACGGAUAUCGACACUGCUACUUCAAGUGCUUGUGACACUGUUGAGCCACCGCGACAGUCCCAAUGUGAGUCGGCUGAACAGUCACACGCACAAAGUGCAGUGCUUCAUGACAUUGUACAUGUAGAAGAUGCAGCUGAGUCUCCUGCCAGCGCAGCAAAUGCACAGGAAACCAGCGCAGCAGUCAGUGUCAGAAGCCAACCAAGAUCACCAGUGCCACCAGUCCCCAAACCACGUGUCAGGCAUGCCAUUGGCCAUGGCACUGGUAGAACUGCUGCCACUCCAGCAGUGCAUGCGGUGCCCAGCCCAAGUCCCACCUAUGGCAGUGGUGAGGAGGACAGGGCCUAUGACUAUGAGCAUUACCUCCAGCAGGAGACCCAGGACAGACAAGCAGUACAACAGCUUCAGCCAGAUGCAGAAACAUUCUAUCCACCAGACCAUUCUGUCGCCGCCAGGACAGCCCCUCCACCAGCCACAACCUGGCCACGCGAUGCUAUUGCCCCACUGGAGCAAGCUCUUCAGGGCGCAGUUAUGAAUGUCGCCCAGGCUUUGAGCCAAAACCAAACGCCACAACACACCAGCAUAUCCGCUGCAGCCGGCCCAAGCUCCGUUGUGUUCAAGCUAAAACCGAUGGAAAUACCGAGCUUCGACGGGCAGGUCACCAACUGGCCUGAUUUUUGGGACCUGUUUGAAACUGCCGUGGACAAACAGCCAAUGUCCGAUGUCGUUAAGCUGAGCUACUUGAAGAGUGCCCUCACUGGCGGAGCUGCCCACACGCUCGCUGGUCUGGCUAUCACCAACAACAACUAUGCCACGGCCGUACAGCUACUGAAAGAACGAUACGGACGGACAGAUGAUAUUGUUGCUGCCCUGUAUACCAAGCUGCAGCGAUUGCAAAGCACAUCGUCCAAACACCGUGAUAUCCGGAACACCAUUGACAACAUCGAACGGAUACUACGACAGCUGUCUGCCAUGGGCAUUAGCGUUGAACAGCAGCCACUAUUGGUGCAGCACAUUUUGUCCAAGUUCCCUACGGAAGUACUCACCAAGCUAGAGGAAUGGCGAACAUCGAGCCAUCAGUCGUGGACGGUCGCCACCCUGCGAUCCGCCCUUCAGCGGUAUGCCGAAAUCCACCGGAAUUUGCGGGAAGGUUCGGAGACUUCUGCCUCUCAGUCUUCAAGGACACCGGCCACACAGACACAGCACGGCUCACCAAUGACCAUGCAAGGAACUGGACACGCUCUUUCAUCUCAGUCAACGCAUAGUGCGCCUCCACGUCUAUGUGUCUUCUGCAAGGGGACUCACUUCAACGACCAGUGCGUCACCUACAAGCUGGCUCGGACAAGACAACAGAAGCUCCGAGAACAAGGUCGUUGCUUCAUUCGUCUGCGACGGAGCCAUAUGGCGUCCCAGUGCCCAGAGAAAACCAAGGCGUGUUUUCACUGCAGCAAGACCGGCCACAACCGAGCUAUCUGCCCAGCCCAUGAGAGACGUGAGCCCUCCAAAGGCAGCUCAAGGCCACAACCAAAUGGCUCACAACCUGCCAGGGCCGUCUCCACACAGGGUAAUGAUGAGGAACUUGCAAAUACGUGCUCCGCCAGUCUCGUGUCAGAGGGUCCCAGCGACAAGACUGGUGCAGUAUUCCUCCAGACAGCACAAGUGCAGAUUCAAGCUGCCGAUGGUAGCUUUAUCACCGCGCAUGCGUUACUGGACACCGGCAGCAAUCGCACGUACAUGAGUACCCAGCUCAGCAAGCAGCUUCAGCUGCAGCCGGAGAGACAAGAGUCAUUGACCCUCAUCACCUUUGGAGUGACACACCCACGCAGUGUUGUUACAUCGGUCGUUCAGACGUCCAUCUCACUGUCCGACGGACAGAGGUACCCCAUCAAAGCGAAUGUACUCGACACCAUUACACGACCUGUCUUGGGACGACGCUCUACCCACAGAACGACUCGAGCAAUGGCAGUCCAUAGAGGGUAUACUUGAGCCGGUCGCAGACAUCCGUAUCCAACGCCGAACCUCCACUCUGAAGUCAGUCACCGAUCGACAACUUCAUGUCUUCUGUGACGCAUCAAAGGACUCCUAUGCAGCGUGUGUCUACCUCCGUGAAGCCAACGGACCUGAUGCGACAUCGACACUGCUCUUCUGCAAGAUGCGAUUGGCGCCAGCAAAAAGGGAGCUCACCAUACCCCGCCUAGAGCUCAUGGGCGUAGUCAUUGCAACCAGAGCUCUGCUAUUUGUGCGCAAAGAGCUCGGCAUCGACAUCACGAAGAGCUUCCUGUGGUGCGACUCACAGUGCGUUCUCCGCUGGCUUGUUACGCAUAAAGACCUGAGUGUGUUCGUCCGUAACCGUGUCAAAGAAGUCCAGCAAGUAGAAGAUCUGUCAUUCCGGUAUGUUCGCAGCGAAGACAACCCUGCAGAUCUAGCAACGAGAGGCGCCACUGUGCCUGACCUCAGUGACAUCUGGUGGCACGGACCUCACUGGCUGCGACAAGCCGAGGACAACUGGCCCACCUGGCAGCGACCUCCCAUCACUCCAGAAGAUUUCAAGAAUGUGAUGGCCGAGUGCAGGGGACCCAAGGCUGUCUUCGAAGCAUCACUUUUCGCCAACACGGAAGACACACCUGUCGUACAAUCGACUGGUCUAGCUGGGAUCGAGCCGGGACACCGACAGCUGUCAACUCUAUUGCGAAUCACCGCCAAUUGUCUGGUCUUUCUACGAAAGAAGAUCUGGCAGCGACUCUCCAGUGACAGCCAACAGAAGCUGAGGACGAAGCACCCACUCCUCGCAACAGUCCUGUCUGAAACGCCCUCCAUUCGCCUAUCUAACUGCCUUUGGGUGAGGCAUAUCCAGCAGCAAAGCUUCCCAGACAUGGAGUCGAAGAAUAGCAGCAUAGUGACGCAACUCGGCAUCCACGCAGAUCAGUAUGGUGUGCUCCGGUGCCACGGAAGACUUGGCAA